AUACACUCAGAGGGCCGGGGACAGAGCGGCAAUGGAUGACACUGGGCAGGAGCACUCCGGAGGGGCCAGCGUCCUGCACGCUCGGUCCAGGAGUGUGAUGACCGGCGAGCAGAUGGCCACCCUCCACCAGCCGUCCGCCCCCAACCCGCUGGAGAGGCCCCUCAAGAUGGGCUGGCUCAGGAAGCAGAGGUCCAUCGUGAAGAACUGGCAGCAGAGAUACUUCGUGCUGAGGGCGCAGCAGCUCUACUACUACAAGGACGAAGAGGACACGAAGCCGCAGGUUUUAGAUCCAUAA